AUGGAAAAGGACUCAAUAAUUUUAGUUACAGAGGGUCUCCAAGAUAACCAGGGACCACCCCCUUCUGGACCACCUCCUUCUGGAUCCCCUCAUCCAUUCCCUGGCUCUCAAAACAAGAGGCAGCAAAGAAGUGCUGGUGACCCGGACCCAACUCCACCACCUCCUUCUGGACCCCCUCCUUCAUUCGAUGGCUAUCAAAACAAGAGGCAGCAAAGAAGUGCUGGUGACCCGGACCCAACAGCACCACCUCCUUCUGGACCCCUUCCUUCAUUCUUUGGCUCUCAAAACAAGAGGCAGGAAAGAAGUGCUGGUGACCCGGACCCAACUCCACCACUUCCUUCUGGACCCCCUCCUCCAUUCCCUGACUCUCAAAACAAGAGGCAGCAAAGAAGUGCUGGUGACCCGGACCCAACUCCACCACUUCCUUCUGGACCCCCUCCUUCAUUCGAUGGCUAUCAAAACAAGAGGCAGGAAAGAAGUGCUGGUGACCCGGACCCAACUCCACCACUUCCUUCUUUACCCCCUCCUCCAUUCCCUGACUCUCAAAACAAGAGGCAGCAAAGAAGUGCUGGUGACCCGGACCCAACUCCACCACCUCCUUCUGGACCCCCUCCUUCAUUCGAGGGCUAUCAAAACAAGAGGCAGGAAAGAAGUGCUGGUGACCCGGACCCAACUCCACCACUUCCUUCUGGACCCCCUCCUCCAUUCCCUGACUCUCAAAACAAGAGGCAGCAAAGAAGUGCUGGUGACCCGGACCCAACUCCACCACUUCCUUCUGGACCCCCUCCUUCAUUCGAUGGCUAUCAAAACAAGAGGCAGGAAAGAAGUGCUGGUGACCCGGACCCAACUCCACCACUUCCUUCUGGACCCCCUCCUCCAUUCCCUGACUCUCAAAACAAGAGGCAGCAAAGAAGUGCUGGUGACCCGGACCCAACUCCACCACCUCCUUCUGGACCCCCUCCUUCAUUCGAUGACUCUCAAAACAAGAGGCAGGAAAGAAGUGCUGGUGACCCGGACCCAACUCCACCACUUCCUUCUGGACCCCCUCCUCCAUUCCCUGACUCUCAAAACAAGAGGCAGCAAAGAAGUGCUGGUGACCCGGACCCAACUCCACCACUUCCUUCUGGACCCCCUCCUCCAUUCCCUGACUCUCAAAACAAGAGGCAGCAAAGAAGUGCUGGUGACCCGGACCCAACUCCACCACUUCCUUCUGGACCCCCUCCUCCAUUCCCUGACUCUCAAAACAAGAGGCAGCAAAGAAGUGCUGGUGACCCGGACCCAACUCCACCACUUCCUUCUGGACCCCCUCCUUCAUUCGAUGGCUAUCAAAACAAGAGGCAGGAAAGAAGUGCUGGUGACCCGGACCCAACUCCACCACUUCCUUCUGGACCCCCUCCUCCAUUCCCUGACUCUCAAAACAAGAGGCAGCAAAGAAGUGCUGGUGACCCGGACCCAACUCCACCACCUCCUUCUGGACCCCCUCCUUCAUUCGAUGGCUAUCAAAACAAGAGGCAGCAAAGAAGUGCUGGUGACCCGGACCCAACAGCACCACCUCCUUCUGGACCCCUUCCUUCAUUCUUUGGCUCUCAAAACAAGAGGCAGGAAAGAAGUGCUGGUGACCCGGACCCAACUCCACCACUUCCUUCUGGACCCCUUCCUCCAUUCCCUGACUCUCAAAACAAGAGGCAGGAAAGAAGUGCUGGUGACCCGGACCCAACUCCACCACUUCCUUCUGGACCCCCUCCUCCAUUCCCUGACUCUCAAAACAAGAGGCAGCAAAGAAGUGCUGGUGACCCGGACCCAACUCCACCACCUCCUUCUGGACCCCCUCCUUCAUUCGAUGGCUAUCAAAACAAGAGGCAGCAAAGAAGUGCUGGUGACCCGGACCCAACAGCACCACCUCCUUCUGGACCCCUUCCUUCAUUCUUUGGCUCUCAAAACAAGAGGCAGGAAAGAAGUGCUGGUGACCCGGACCCAACUCCACCACUUCCUUCUGGACCCCUUCCUCCAUUCCCUGACUCUCAAAACAAGAGGCAGCAAAGAAGUGCUGGUGACCCGGACCCAACUCCACCACUUCCUUCUGGACCCCCUCCUUCAUUCGAUGGCUAUCAAAACAAGAGGCAGGAAAGAAGUGCUGGUGACCCGGACCCAACUCCACCACUUCCUUCUGGACCCCCUCCUCCAUUCCCUGACUCUCAAAACAAGAGGCAGCAAAGAAGUGCUGGUGACCCGGACCCAACUCCACCACCUCCUUCUGGACCCCCUCCUUCAUUCGAUGGCUAUCAAAACAAGAGGCAGCAAAGAAGUGUUGGUGACCCGGACCCAACAGCACCACCUCCUUCUGGACCCCUUCCUUCAUUCUUUGGCUCUCAAAACAAGAGGCAGGAAAGAAGUGCUGGUGACCCGGACCCAACUCCACCACUUCCUUCUGGACCCCCUCCUCCAUUCCCUGACUCUCAAAACAAGAGGCAGCAAAGAAGUGCUGGUGACCCGGACCCAACUCCACCACUUCCUUCUGGACCCCCUCCUUCAUUCGAUGGCUAUCAAAACAAGAGGCAGGAAAGAAGUGCUGGUGACCCGGACCCAACUCCACCACUUCCUUCUGGACCCCCUCCUUCAUUCUUUGGCUCUCAAAACAAGAGGCAGGAAAGAAGUGCUGGUGACCCGGACCCAACUCCACCACUUCCUUCUGGACCCCCUCCUUCAUUCGAUGGCUAUCAAGACAAGAGGCAGCAAAGAAGUGCUGGUGACCCGGACCCAACUCCACCACCUCCUUCUGGACCCCCUCCUUCAUUCUUUGGCUCUAAAAACAAGAGGCAGGAAAGAAGUGCUGGUGACCAGGGACCAACUCCACCACCUCCUUCUGGACCCCCUCCUCCAUUCCCUGACUCUCCAAUCUAG